CCGUGUCGGACGACGUGCAGGCAAAAGAGGUUGCUUGUGAACCGUGGACGGUACGAAUGGAAAAGGCGGCGUUACGCAAAAGCGAAAAGAGGACAGUCACCAUGACAUGCUCGUUGACUCCGUUUCGCUCCCGUGCUUCUUCUUCAUUUGUACAGGCUGGUUGGGACAGUCCUGAGAUAAUCGUAUAUCAUUUCUUGCGCCGCGGUCUGCCGUCAUCGACUCGAAACUGCGGGAGCCUUGCCACUUUUGAACAGAAGAAUACACACUCGACUGGAGCCUGGUACGAGCGCUCAAUCGCCGUCUCUACCUAUUCUAAUAUCUGGAUCUCUGGGUGGGGGCUCUUUCCCUCUAGCCAGUUACGCCCUCGUGUCUUGCCCUCUUGCAUUCCAAUUCCGCGUUUCCAUCAUCGAUCGUAUAAAAAGAGGGCCAUCCUCGAUCGUCAGCUUCUUGAUCCUCUCUUGCGCUAUAAUCACUGCUCCUCCCAACUUUGCAUAUCAACCACAGCCGCUCAACCAACCCUAGGCACCGAUCACUAA